AUGCACGCUGAACGUAAUCUUAUCGCAAUUGCUCACUUUUCAUGCGCAGAGUGUACGUCUUUUUCUUACUAUAUAAGAGCAUUUAUCCCAAAUUUGUAGUUAGUUUAUUUACAUCUUUCAUUUGUAAUUUGCGUGUAGUUUUACUUUUUUACAUUAGGACCUCUGCUCUUGGAUUAUUUUUUCUUCAUAUCAGGCAGUCUGAAAAUGGCUCCAAAUAUUUCUAUACCUACUGGAGUUCUCCACGAGCACGACGAAGAGGUGGUUGCAAAAGCCAUUCCACCAGAGGUGGUCAAACCAAGUGACCGCAAACUUAAACUAGUUUGGAGGAAUAUCAUCAUUUUCGCCUAUCUUCAUACUGUGGCUGUGUAUGGGAUUUAUUUAAUGUUUGCUUGUGCCAAGAUAGCAACAUCCAUAUAUGCUAUUAUUCUAUACCAACUUGGCUCAUUGGGUGUAACCGCCGGAGCCCACAGACUAUGGUCCCAUCGUUCCUACAAGGCAAAUGUUCCUCUAAGAAUUAUUUUAACUGUAUUUAACACAAUGGCUUAUGAGAAUUCUGUAAUAGAAUGGUCGAGAGAUCACAGAGUCCACCACAAAUUCAGCGAAACCGACGCUGAUCCUCACAAUGCCAAACGCGGAUUUUUCUUUUCUCAUGUCGGGUGGCUCCUUUGCCGCAAACAUCCCGAUGUCAAGAACAAAGGAAAGGGUAUCGAUAUGUCUGAUCUGUAUGAAGACCCUAUUCUUGCUUUCCAAGACCGUUACUAUAUGAUUUUGAUGCCCAUUGCUUGCUUCAUUCUUCCAACAUUGGCUCCAAUGUAUUUGUGGAACGAAACCUUUGUCAAUGCUUUCUGUAUUAAUAUAUUUAGAUAUAUUCUUACUUUACAUGCCACCUGGUUAGUCAACUCAGCUGCUCAUCUUUAUGGACAUAAACCUUAUGAUAGGUAUAUCAACCCAUCUGAAAACCUGACAGUUUCUCUCCUCGCUCUGGGCGAAGGAUGGCACAACUACCAUCAUACCUUCCCAUGGGACUAUAAAACUUCCGAGUUGGGAAAAUACAGCGUAAAUUUAUCCGCUGCCUUCAUUGACUUCUUUGCUAAUAUAGGUUGGGCCUAUGACCUUAAAACAGUCUCACAGGAUAUGGUUAAGAAGAGGGUUCUAAGAACAGGAGAUGGCACCCAUGAAAUUUGGGGAUGGGACGACAAAGACCAACCCAAGGAAGAUUACAAGGAUGCGCUUAUCACUCACAGAAAAUCUUAAACGAUAGUUCCAGGAAAGUGUAGUUUCAUUAUGUACAUAUAGUUGAUAAGUGCUACUUGAGAUACAGUAAAGCAAAACUACUUAACUUUGAUAAAAUAACUGAAAAUAUAUGUUUUCUUGAAGACAUAGAUUGAGAUUAUGCCUCUAUUUAUUUUAAUAUAUCAAUCUCACUAAAAAUGAUUUUCAUUAAUAAGUCUGUAAUUAUUUGGUUUAUAAAAUUCUGCAGCCCUUCGAAAACAUAUAUUUUUAUGACCAGUGAUAUUUAGUUUGUAAAUGUACAAUGAAAGCAUUUGUAAUUAACAAAUCAUUUGAUUAGAUAGUUUGAUAGAUUCUGUUGAAUUUAAUUAGGCAAUGAUGUGUUGCAAACUGCAAUAUUU